GCAGGGUGGGCAUGAGGGCACACCCAUGGCUUGAGGCUCCCCCAGUGUGCAGCUGGGCCAGUGCCAGGGCCCUGGGAACAGGUUCCUCUCUCAGGUUUCGGCUGCCCCCUCUUCUUCCCCGUAGCUUCAGGUGAGGUCCUGUCAUGCUGAGGAGUCAGAGACAGUUCCUGGCACCAGUGUCUCGGGCUAUGCGGCUCAUUGCCCUGAGCUCUGUCCCAAGGUCUGAUGAGUGAGCAGCCUGCUGGAGGAAAGAGCAGCCAGGCCGAGGGUCCCAGUCCCUCAGUGCCCUGGAAGAAGCCUCAUCAGAGGCUGUCCAUGGACACGUGGAGCAGGAAAACAGAGGCAUGCCAGCACCUCAGAGGAGCAGAGUACAGGCUGGGGGCCAUGAGGCCCCAGGACAGAGAGAUCUGAAAUGACAAAGUUGGUGUGCCGGGACCUGUUUACAGAGGCCCCUGUGGAGGAAUGUUUUACAGCGAAUUUAAAAGCAAGCAGGAUGUUUAAUAUUUAGAGUGCCAUACCACAGCCACCAAAGUAAAAAAAAAAAUAAAAGCUUUCCUGAGGGGGAGGAUGCAAUUAUACAAAAAAGGCUCAUUUCAAAAUUAAAGGGGGAAAAGGUUCUUUCCUAAAUUGUAGUUUAUCUUAGUGUUGUUUACUAAGUCCUCCUAAAAGAAAAAAAAGAACUACUCACAUUUCUGAAAACGGCACAUGUGUACAUAGUGCAAACUGUGUUACGAAAAAUAAGUCUCACAUCUCUUGUCCCAGAUACUGAUUAAAAAAAAAAAUAAAAAUUUUAUUUAUUUAUUCAUGAGAGACACUGAGAGGCAGAGACACAGACAGAGGAAGAAGCAAGCUCCUCACAGGGAGCCUGAUGCAGGACUCGAUCUCGGGACUCCAGACUUAGGAUCACACUCUGAGCCAAAGGCAGAGGUGCAACCCAUGAGCCACCCAGGUGUCCCAAUACUUUUUUUUUUUUAAUUUUAUUUGUUUAUUCGUGAGAGACACAAAAUGAGAAACAGAGAUACAGGCAGAGGGAGAAGCAGGCUCCCUGUAGGGAGCCCAAUGUGGGACCUGAUCCCAGGACCCCGGGAUCACACCCUGAGCCGAAGGCAGGCGCUCAACCACUGAGCCACCCAGGUGCCCCUACUGGUACUUUCUUGUUUCCUUCUAGAAACUGUCUCUGCAUAGAGAGGUGCGUGCAUGUGUGUAUUCACAAAUGUGUAUAUGCACAUAUUUAAGUAUCUUCCUUGAAGGUUGUAUUUUAAUGUUUCAAAAUCACGUAAAGCAUUUUUUAAAGCACUGGUGAACAUGCAAAAGCAGCGUCUAUUUGGAAUAAAAUAAGGAUUUGUCUCUGAAAAACCCACUGUAAAAUGUUUGGAGGCACUUCAGUGUUUUGGGGGCUGUUUCCCUUGGCUGCUGACUCUUUUGGUUCCCUGUGACCUCAGCAGGCUCCGACCCCUUUGGAGGAGCUGGAGGCGCUGCUGCUUAAGAAAACAGGUCAGAAUGGAGGCUUUGUAUUUGUUGGAAGAGAUGUGUAUCAGAGCUGUGUGUAGGCUGGUUGGUGCUCGUCCGCUUGUAUCCUGGGCCUGGGGUCCCCCUUAAGGGGUGAGGAACAGCUGCUUGGUGGAUGCUGGGGGGCAGAGCAAGGACUGUGAGCGUUGACAACGUGGAGGUCCCACUUUUGUGGUAGCCCCUCACUUCUCGCCAAGGGGAAGCUGGGCAAGCGGCCAAGUGGCCAAGUUUUGGAUGAAUGACCACUGUGAGGGGUGUGGGGGGCUCCCCACCAGCCUCCCUUUCCCCCAGACUAGAGUGAAGAUCAGUCAUGAUUGUACUGUCCCAUCGAAAUGGCCGGGCGUUGGUAUCCGUUGUGGGGCUGGAAGUAGCAGGCACCUGGGGCCAAGGCCACUUGCCAUUGGGGCCAGAGCCAGCUUACGGGAGCCCUCCUCCAUGGACUUCACCAAGCGGCCCUCGGGGAACAUUGCUCUCUGCACCCCUGCUGUCUGGGAGGGGACACCUCAGGCUGUUCCCCUGAUGGCUGCUUUCUUGCCAAACCACUGUCCUCCCCCUGGAACAUUUUUGCUGAGCCCUACAUGCCUCUGGGGUUGGGAGGACUGGUGAAGGAGAGCACCUUCUGGGGUGGUGCUGGGGGCCUGGCCCUGCCCACGUUCUGUGGGCCUGGACCUUCCAGCCUGGGCUCUGGGGAAUGGCGGUGGCAGGAACCAGCCUUAUGUGUAGCUCCUACAAUAGCACUAACUUGUCAUUCUCAGAUGCACAGAGCCCAGGCUGCUCUGACAGUAUGUAGGCCCAGGGAACAUGUGCCACUGGACUCAAACCCGUCCUUCCAGAAGCUUUCCUGGAGGUUUUCCUGCUGCACAUUGACACUCAGAGCUCAGAGACAGUCAGCAAGUCCUCAAGGCCACUCACCCAGUGCCAGUCACAUGUGUCUGACUUUGAGACCUCACUGUGGUACCCUCCUCUGCGAGGGUCCGGAGCUGAACAACCAGGUCCCCAGCAGUGGGGAGAGGCGGGGACAUACCGCCCAGGUUUAUACAGGACCCUCUGGCCUACCUGGUGGCACUGCGGUGUGGGCAUGGGGCAAGUGUUUGCAUGGCCUUCCCGGAACAUCACCCACUCAGAAAUGCGCUCUUUUUAGACACCUCCGCCCAUCUGAGGAGUCAGCAGAGCCAUCGGCUGUGCCAGGUGCCUUGCUCUCGUCCUCAGGACAGCCUCCGGAGGCCCCUGCUCCCCAGCCUGUGGCUCCGCAAAUGGAAAGGGCUGCACCGUUUCAGGGCCAUGCAGUGGGCGGGGCUGAGACCCGAACUCUCGGCUCCAAGUGCAGACUAUGCAGUGCCCAGGCUGCAGACCCUCUGGCUGCCGGGCCUCUUCCCACACAGCCCUGGGUCCCAGGUGAAGUAUCGGGGGGAAUGGGUCUCUUGGUGCCACAAAGGAAGUUACAGAUACGGCCAUAUCGAGGAGCGGCCAGGGGCACCGAUUCUGCGUCCCUUCUGGGUCCCCUGCCUUUGUGCCAUGGGCGUUGUCAUGAGGAGGGACAUCCCUGAACAGAUUCUGCUCACACUGGUCAGAGUUUGUAAAAGUCCUUCAGGCCAGACACAGUUCAGUUUUUGGAAUGGUUUCUCUUUACAGUAACAUAGUGUAAAUUGGUUUAGAAGAAAUGCUCCGUUUAACCUCCACGAGGGCACAUCCAGCGCAUUGUCUUGGACUCCAGAGACGAGAUUUGCUUGCAAAAACAAGGCUUUUGAUAAAGAGGCAACUAGAAGCCAGUGACAAAUACUUCAGAAGACAAUCCUGCUUGACAACGAUUCUUCUGAACAGAGUCUCCUCCCGCGGUUCAGUUGGGAGAAAAUGAUAGAAGUCUAAGAGUAACUGGUAAUCCGGUCACCCACCCGAGAUCUCCCUCCCUGGCUGCACCCCAUCCUUUUAUUCAUUCGCUCAACAAACACUCUCUGCCCCCUGCGGGCCAGCUACUCGAACACAACCCACAAGCAAAGUGGAGAGUAUCGUACAUGGUUACGUGGGCUGUGGAGACAAAGCAGG